AUGGAAAAGUUCCGUUCACAGGCGAAAGCCACCACACAAGCAAACGAAAGGCUUAAAAAGGAAACUUUCACGCAUCACGACUUAUCAGGCGGUGGAGAAGGCACCGUGGGGGAGGUGGACAGCUUUGGAACCCACAUGGCCAAAGAAACAGGUGUGCAAGAUCUGUGGAAUAAAUAUGUUGUCGAGGCUCUUCAACAGAAAGACAAACAGAAGGGUUGUCAGUUUUCCACCACUGAUGCCGCCCUUUUCACUCUAGACAGCGGACCUCUUCCAGCUGCUGACAACCUGAUGUGCAGCGGAACCGGCUGGGCUGAUGAAAUUUGCGAGACAGCUGAUGCGAGUACCAAUGAAGAGGAUGCGGAGAGCAAAUCCCCACCUUGUCAAGAGGAAAAUGACAGAGGUGGCGUGCUAAAAACACAUUCGGAAACGAUUCUCUCUCUCGGAAGAGAGGCUAUCCGCUUCCUUCUGUGUGACCUGCGGACCCACUGUCUCAGUGGUCUUGCUUCUGGAUUGUCGCCAAGAGAAUCAAUUUUCCACAUGUCCGUGCUACACCAGCAUGCAUUGUUGGUCGAGAAAGCUGAGCACUGCCAAAGCCUUGAACAAUAUUUGACAAUCUUCGCCAGCUGCAUCAAGCACAUGAAGCUGCCUAGCCACCUUUGCCAAGCUGAACAGAGACGGCUAUUAAAAAGCGUUGCCGCUCUCGAGUUACCUCCUGGUACAAGUCAUUAA